AUGAACAGAGAGGUUCGCCUCCUGCUCAGAGCAAGAGAUGCAGCCUUCAGGUCUGGAGACUGGGAGGCUUACAGCUCAGCCAGAGCCAACCUGAGGAAGGGUAUCUGCCAGGCCAAACUCACACAGAAGAUUGAAGAAUUCUUCAGACCCCCGGCGUAUGUGCUGAGCACCAACCCAGUGAACUACCUCUCACACUCUCCACCUCAGAUGUUCACUCUGCAUAAGGUGAAUGCACAGAAGGCAGCUGGCCCUGACAGAAUACCUGGAUGUGUGCUUAAAGCCAGGCCGCCGCGCUCUCGUCGUUUUCACCUGCUCCCACGGCUGCCCGCCACGGAUUUUUCCGAUUUCUUCUCCGGUAUGUCGCUUUCUAUACAUAACGCUUCUCCGGGGAAUAGCCUAUCACGGGCCUGCCCGGCCGCGUGUGGAGCACUCAUCGCUGCUAAGGACCUUCACCCGUUCUGCGUGGUUUGCUUGGGCCUUAAACACGCUCAAGAAGCUUUGGAGAACGCGGAAAAUUGCAGUCAUUGCCUUAUGCUGCCCAAAAAUGUUUUACGACGCCGUCUUAAGGUUGCAGCGACCCAGUGCUCCGAGCUCGGUUUUACUGACUCAGAUCUGGGACCCGGUGACGACGACGCGCUACCGGGGGACUCCCGGGGCGCCUCCUCUCUUGUUUGGGCUGACCAGCCCAAUCCCGCAUUCCCCGAAGAGGACAUCUUCGCGGGCAACCUCAUGCUCGCCGACGAACCGGCCGGUUCCGCCGAUGAGGAUGAUGCAACCCUUCUCGGGGUCUCAGAGGACGAGGAUGCCAUCCCGCCCUCUGGCGUUCCCCAGGCUAGCGGCCACGCAGCCCUGCCUCAGUCCAUCCUCCUGGAAGUGUGUGAGCGAGCGGCCGCUCGCCUCAACAUUGAGUGGCCGGUUCCACAGAGCGCCACCGACCAGGAGAGGGAUAUUUACGACGGAAAAGUGUUGGGAUCUCCUCCCGGUCCGGGGAAACAACUCUUCCCCGUCCUUCCAGCGUGCGCUAAGCAUAUGAGGCACAACUGGAGCGAACCGCUCGACUUCAAACACGGCCUUUCGGGCCUUGAAGUAAAGGAUAUGGCAGCUCAUGGUAUGGGCGACCCCCCCGCUAUCGAGCCUUCCAUCGCCAGGCACCUUAACCCCGCUCAGGGCGGGCUGCUCGCUCCCCCUAAGCCGGUCUUGCCCAACAAGCUGGACCGUUUUUCUGCCUCAGUUCACCAGGCCGCAUACAAGUCCUCGGCCUUGGCAGUCAGGGCCCUGAACGUCUCGUCUCUCCUCUCCGCUUACCAGGCGGAGAUUUUGGACGAAUUAGGGCAACAGCUAAAAAAGCGAACUCCUUCUCUACACUUGUGGAAGGAGAUCCUCACGGUGAACGACCUCGUCCUUCGUAAUGCUCGCCAGGCCGUCCAAGCCUGCGGGCGCUCUAUGGCGCUUUCUGUGGUGGGAGAGCGCGCGCUCUGGCUUAACCUGUCAGGCCUUCCUGACAGUGAGAAGCGGCGCAUCGCGGGCGCGUCGAUGGAGCCCGAUCGGGCUCUGUUCGGCCCCGCCGUCGCAUUGAUGCAACAACGGUGUGACGACAAAAAGAAGGAGGACGAGGCCUUCAAGUUAUGUCUUCCUAAGGGGAAAAAUCGACUCCCGCCGCGGCCGCGGCUGGAGGACCAUCUAACCCUAACCCCAUCGACUCGAAACGUAAGCGGCCUGCCUGAUGUUCGAUUGAUGGAGGCAUCGAGUCCGCGUUCAUGGGCCACGAGCCCUUCGGACUCUCUCCCUGUCCCAGGACCCCCGUUCAAAAGACGCAGGGUCUCCCGCGGAUGGAUCGAUACCUCUUCGUUCGAGGCUGCCCAGCCCAUGUGUUUAAUGAACGGUGUGUGUUCCCCCCUCACGUUCAGGGGGUCUGUUGUGAGGAAAAGUGCAAAAGCAGUGUCACCACACCGCAUACACUCUGUUCCCCUCACCCAACCAAUAAAGGCUUUGGCCCCAGUGUUUCCCCAACACAAAACACACAGAAAAACAAAAAACACAUUAAAACAAACGAAUCAAAUGAAUUCGUUAUGGAGAGAGGAUCUCUCUCCGCAGAGAGAGUCCAUCUCCCCGCGGAGAGAGGAAAUCUGUCUGAACCCCUGCAUGUUGCCCCUGGUGUGUCCACUAGAUGGCGCCAUUGCAUCACAAAUAAACCAGCUGGGCUUACACAGCCCCGCUGCAGCUCGGGUGGGAACACUUGCAAAUCACGAAUGGGCUUGGCGAACUGUUUCGGCUCCCGAGUGGGUGAUGCGUACUAUAUUGCAGGGAUACAGACUGCAGUUUUCAAUGAAACCCCCGCAUUUCAACGGCGUUCUCUCUUCACACACAGAAGAGAACGCCUCACACAUUCUGAAAGAGGAAAUAUCCUCCCUCCUAAACAAGGGAGCGAUUCAGAUGGUGCCCCCCACUCUGAUGAAUCAGGGAUUUUAUUCUCGUUAUUUCCUGGUCCCAAAAAAGGACGGCGCUCUCCGCCCUAUUCUGGACCUUCGUGUGUUAAACAAACAUUUGAGGAAAUACAAUUUCAGAAUGCUGACUCAUGGCUCGCUCGCCCGUGCCAUAAAACCGAACGACUGGUUCACAUCGGUCGACCUGAAAGAUGCUUUCUUCCAUAUAAGCAUUUAUCCGCCACACAGGAAGUUUCUUCGUUUCGCCUACCAAGGCACAUGUUACGAAUUCACAGUUCUGCCGUUUGGGCUCAGUCUAAGCCCCCGGUGUUUCUGUCUGUGUGCGGAGGCGGGUUUAGCACCCAUGAGAAUGUCAGGUCUGAGGAUUCUGACAUACAUAGACGAUUGGCUAAUCAUAGCCGAAUCGAAAGAGAAAGUGUUGCAGGACACCUGCCGUGUGCUCACGCACAUCACAUCUCUCGGGUUCAGAGUGAAUGUGAGCAAGAGCAAUUUUACACCCAGUCAGAAUGUCAUUUUCCUGGGUUUGGAGUUGAACUCAGUCUCCAUGCGAGCGCGUCUCUCUCAAGAGCGCGUUCUCUCUCUAAUGAACUGUCUGUCGCAGUUCAGAGAGGGGGCGAAAGUACAAUAUCGCACAUGCCUCAGGCUGCAGGGUCUUAUGGCUUCAUCAAUCCAGGUUGUACCGCUGGGACUCCUGAGAAUGAGAGCGUUCAUGAAAUGGGUUUUGUUACUACAUUUCAGCCCGACGCGCGAUCUUUGCCGCUCUGUAAUAGUGACGCGCGCCUGCUCGGCAGCCUUGCGCCACUGGAAGAGCGCAGACUUUUACGCACAUGGAACCCCUCUGGGGACAGUUAUGAUGCGGAAAGUUGUGACGACAGAUGCGUCCUUAACAGGCUGGGGCGCCACCCAGGAGGGCAGAACGGUGAACGGUCUGUGGCCGAGCAGACUACGUUCAGCGCACAUAAAUUAUUUAGAGCUUAUGGCCGUAUGGAAAGCUCUGAAUCAUUUUCUGCCUCGCCUGCAGGGACAUCAUGUGCUCGUACGCUGCGACAAUACCACGACAGUGGCUUAUAUCAACCGUCAGGGCGGCGUGCGCUCGUCGAAACUUCACGCUCUAGCUUACAAGCUUCUAGUGUGGAGCGGAUGGGUUUUCCUGUCGUUACGCGCGACUCAUGUUCCCGGCCUUCUAAACAGAGGCGCGGAUCUUCUAUCAAGGGGAAACCCAAUCUACGGAGAUUGGCGCCUUCACCCGCAGAUAGUGGACAUGUUAUGGAUGAGAUUUGGACAGGCAACCGUAGAUCUAUUCGCCUCGCGCGAAAACUACCAUUGUCCUAUGUUCUUCUCGCUAAAGGACGUGGACGCACCCCUCGGGGUAGAUGCACUGGCCCACCCGUGGCCCAGAGUGCUGCUGUAUGCCUUUCCUCCCCUGUGCCUGAUAAUUCCUACACUGGCCAGGGUGAGAGAGCAGGGCCUGUCUCUCAUUCUGAUAGCACCCAGGUGGCCCAAAGCACCAUGGCUGGCGGAGAUAAUCCCUCUGUUAUAUGCCGAGCCGUGGCGCCUCCCCCCCCGCACAGAUCUUUUGUCCCAAGCGAACGGGGAGAUUUAUCACCCACACCCGGACAGGGUGGCUCUUUGGGCGUGGCCCGUGAGAGGACGAACCUAAGCGCACUGGGGCUUUCGCCGCGUGUGAUUGCUACUAUACAGAAUGCCAGGGCCGUGUCUAUGCGAUUCUUGUAUGGCAGUUAGUGGCAAGUGUUCGAAGGGUGGUUUGAUGGGCGUGGUCUCACAUCUUAUCAGUGCUCAGUUCCUGAUUUUUUGUGUUUCCUCCAAGACCUCUUGGAAAAAGGCAGGUCUUUUUCCACAAUUAAGGUCUACUUGGCUGCGAUUUCGGCCUUUCAUGUGGGCUUUGAGGGCUCAACAGUCGGGCAACAUCAUCUAAUCCGCAGAUUUAUGAAGGGUGCCUGAGUGGGACUUCUCCAUGGUGUUGGAGGCUCUGUCUCAGUAUCCUUUUAAACCUCUUGGAAGUAUUUCCCUUAAGCUGCUGUCCUUCAAGACAGCUUUGCUCUUGGCCUUGGCAUCAGCCAAACGUGUCAGUGAGCUACAUGCACUUUCGGUUCAUCCCUUGUGCACUAAAUUUUCUCUUAGUGGAGAUAUGGUUUCCCUUAAGCCUAAUCCGGCCUUCAUGCCGAAGUGCUUCCCUGCGUUCACUUCAGAGGUGUUGGAGCUGUCCGCUUUUGACCCUUCACCUUUUUCCUCCCCGGAGGAUGAGAGGCUAAAUGCUCUGUGUCCCGUCCGUGCUUUACGGACAUAUAUGAACAGGACUAGUGCUUUCCGGAAGAGCGACCAGCUCUUUAUUUCAUGGGCAUCCACUCAUGGAGGGAAUCCUAUUUCUAAGCAACGCCUCUCACAUUGGCUUGUGAAUGCUAUAACUUUGGCUUAUGAAUCAAAGGGAAUGCAGCCACCAGGGAGCGUCACUAAAGGACAUCUGCUCCGCUGCCAUUUGGUCUUCUCCUUAUACCUUUGUGCGUUAUUACUGGCUGGUUGUCACCAGCAUCUCGGUAGCACAUUCGGUUUUAGGGGUGGGGUCC